AGAAUAAUGAUGUCUCGUCAGUGAGCGUGCCUGUGUGGGUCCAUGUCCUUCAGCUCACUGGCUGUUGGAGCUGCGGUUACCAUCACCGACAACACGACAACACUGUGGAUCGGGGACUGAUUCGGGACCGCUGCUUAUUCUGCAGCCCAAGACACCGAACCGCCUGGAUUUAACGGGUUGUAUUACUACUGGAUGCACGAGAUGGAAUGCCGAGUGUUGUCGAUCCAGAGUCACGUCGUCAGGGGAUAUGUGGGCAACAAAUCGGCGUCGUUCCCGUUGCAGGUGCUGGGCUUUGAGGUAGAUUCUAUCAACUCUGUGCAGUUCUCUAAUCACACAGGUUACUCCCACUGGAAAGGCCAGGUGUUGACAGCUGACGAGCUGCAUGUUCUAUAUGAAGGGAUCAAGCUGAACAACGUCCAUCACUACGACUACGUUCUCACAGGCUACAACAGAGACACAUCCUUCCUUGAGAUGGUGGUGGACAUCAUUCAGGAGCUGAAGAGAGCAAACCCUAACCUCGUCUAUGUGUGUGAUCCAGUACUGGGAGACCAUGGCUCUAUGUAUGUUCCCGAGAACCUCCAUCCUGUCUACAAGAACAAGGUGGUUCCUGUCGCAGACAUCAUCACACCCAACCAGUUCGAAGCAGAGUUGUUAACAGGGAAGAACAUCAGCACAGAGAAGGAUGCUGUGGAGGUGAUGGACCUGCUCCAUAAGAUGGGUCCCGACACGGUGGUGAUCACCAGCUCUGAUCUCCCCUCACGCCUUGGAGACCGCUUCCUGGUGUCCCUGGGCAGUCAGAGGACUGUGCUGCCAGAUGGGACCAAGUCCACCCAGCGCGUCAGGAUGGAGGUGCCCAAGGUGGAUGCUGUGUUUGUGGGGACAGGAGAUCUGUUUGCUGCCAUGCUGCUGGCCUGGACACACCACCACCCCAACGACCUCAAGACUGCGUGUGAGAAGACCUUCUCAGUCAUGCAUCACGUGAUCCAGAGGACCAUCUCUUAUGCUCACGACCUGGCGGGCCCUGGCCGGCGUCCCAGCCCCCCCCAGCUGGAGCUGAGGAUGGUUCAGAGCAAGGCUGACAUUGAGGAGCCCGCCAUCGUCAUGGAGGCCACCGUCCUAUAGAGGCCCGCCCCCCCCCCCACCACCACCACCACCACGGUCCCCCCAGCCCUGGCC